AGUAUGCCAACAACACAUGCUUUUCAUUUAGUCCUUCGUUGAUUUCUUUGAUUUAUUAAGAUAUAAAAUAAUAAUUUGACCAAUGUUCUCGCAAGCAAGACAGAUUCAAAGCAUGAAUAUUUUUUUUUCCUCUUACAGGAUGUGGUUCUGUGGUGAACAACUCUCUAAAAAGUCCCGGAUAUCCAAACAAUUACCCAAGUGAUUUGCACUGUGUUUAUUCUAUUCCUAUCGCACAAGGCAUGGCGCUGAACAUUUCAUUUGAUGAGUUUAUCUUAGAGGAAGAAGAACGUGGGGACUGCAACUAUGACUAUUUAAAAAUUACCGAUGGCGGAAGUCACACAUUUGACGUUUACUGUGGCGAAAAGACUGGAGAGAGCAUUGAAGUAACUGGAGACCAAGUGGUGUUAACAUUUCAUUCAGACGACAUUGUACAACUUAGAGGAUUUUCAAUAUUUUUCACUACAGUCCCUUUCGGUACGUAUAGUGAGUGCUUCAGGUCUUUCACAGUAUAUAUAAGGCAACGGGGAAGUUGUUUCAGUUCAACCCUGAGACAAGAGGAAGACCAAACACUUGAUCUCGAUUAAAAAAAAAAAAGGUAAGGAGAUUGAAGCUACUGGAAACCUGGAAGAGCAAACCGACAUAAUUGUGAGUUACUGCAAGUAUAUCGUUUGAUUUCUGCUAAGGAGAUAGUAUUAAUGGUUUCAUAACUGGUAGCAAAUCUUGAUGCUGCAGGCAGAACAAAUUGAGUUUAUUAUGUGUUUACUGUACGUGUACAUUUACAUUUAAACAGGGCCCGAGCAG